AUGCUUAUUCGGACGAUUACUAACUUGCAUUCAUUAUUUAUCUUCCUUAGUUUUAUUUUUGAUAAAUAUUUUCUGCAUUUAUUCCCACCUUCCUUCCUGGAUUUUUCGCUUCUCUUUUUUUCUUCUUCUUCUUCUUCUUCUUCUUCUUCUUCUUCUUCUUCUUCUUCUUCUUUCUCUCCUUUCUUUUGUCUCUUUCACUCUUUCUUCCUCUUAUUUCUAUUUCUUUCCUUUUCUGUCUCUCCUUUAAAUCUUCAAUAUUUAGCUUUCCUCUAUUUCACGCAGGCUCUCAUUUUUCUCUCUCAACCCCUCUCUCUCUCUCUCUCUCUCUCUCUCUCUCUCUCUAUCUAUCUAUCUAUCUAUCUAUCUAUCUAUCUAUCUAUCUACAUCCUCACACUGUCUAAGUUCCCUUCUUUCUUCUCUCGUUUCACAAUUCUCUCUUUCAAUUUUUCCUUCUCUUUACCUCAUAUUUUUCCGGGUACUAUUUCCCUCCUCUAUCACUCUUUCUCUUAUUUACUCUCUCUCUCCCUCUCUCUCUCUCUCUCUCUUCUUUCUCUUUCUCUCAGCGUCUUAUUCGUUCCUUCAUCACGUACAUUGUCUAUCUCAGUCUUUUUCUACUAUCUAUCUAUCUAUCUAUCUAUCUAUCUAUCUAUCUAUCUAUCUAUCUAUCUAUUUCAGUCGGUUAAUAUCUAUAUCUUUAUCUAUCUACUCUCUCUCUCUUUCUCUCUUUCUCUCUUACUCUCUCUGCAUCGUACUCUUUCCCUCAUCACGUUCCUUGUCUAUCUAAAUCUAUCACCCCGAGCGUUCUACUGUUUCCCAUAUACUGUCUUUCCCGUUAUCUCACUACGUCUCACUCUUUCACACACACACACAAUUUCAUUUUUCUCUCUGUCCCACCCCCACACUUUUAUUUUCUUUUAUUUCACUUUUCUUUCUCGUCUACCUUUUGCUUCCUCGUUUCCCCUCAUUUUCUCUCUCUCUCUCUCUCUCUCUCUCUCUCUCUCUCUCUUUCACCUUUCUCUUUUACCUUCUCGUCUUUCGUUUUUACUUUUUAGCUUCUCUCUCUUACUACUCUCUCUUUCUUUAUCAUCUUUCAUUCCCCCCCUCUCUCUCGCUCUCUCUUACACACACACGCGCGCUCACACACACACAUUUUACCCUCUCUCAUCUUACUUUCACUAUAUUUCUGAUGGUUUACUUCCCCCUCCCCACUAUCAUCGCCGCUCUCUCCUGUUAUUCUUCCCCUCCUCCUCUCCCUCACUCGUCCUCUCUAUAUCUAUAUAUCGAUAUCUAUCUAUGAAUCUAUUAUCUAUUACACACGCACACACGCACUUUCUCUCUUCUCUCUCUCCCAGUUCUACACCGCUUUCGUUUUUUUCCGAUUUUUCCUUCUCUCCAUCUCUUUUCUUUUCUCUCUCUCUCUCUCUCUCUCUCUCACACACGCUUUCUAAUCUUCUUCUUUCUCUCUCUCCCUCUCUCUCUCUCUUCUUUCUUUACCCUACGCUUCUUUCUUUUUCUCUCUCACUCUCUCUUAUCUUCCCACUCUCUCACAUCUUCUUCUCACUCCCUUUCUUUUUUUCCUAUCUCCCUUUUAGUUUUCUCUCCUGCGUUUACCUCCUUCUCUUCUCUUCUCUUCGCCAGUCUCACCUUUCUUUCUUCUCGUCUCUAUCUUCUCUUUAUUUUCAUCUACUUCUAUUUUCCCUUCUCUAUCUUCUCUCUCACUUUUUAUCCUUUUCACUGUCUUUCUUUCUUUCCUUCUAUCUUGCUUUCUUUCUUUCUUUCUUGCCGUCUUUCUUUCUUGCUUUCAUUAUUUCCCUCUCUUUUUUCCUCCUAAAUUGUGUUGUCAGUUUCCUUGUGUUGAAAACUCGGUGGUAG